AUGGAAGUUGCUUCAAUUAAUGAGAGGGGAGACAAAGAUGAGCAUAUUGCAGCAACUGGGUACAAGUUACACAACACGUGGACUAAUUUUAGGAAAAGCUACUACAUAAUUAAGUUGCAAUUUAUUUUUAAAAACCUGAUCUUCCAAAUCAUCCUCUCACUAUCACUCUCAAUCAUCCUCUACUUCAUCUCUCUCCCAUCUCUAAUUCUCCACGGUCUCAACACUUACAUCCACCCAGAUGAUGCUAACCUCACUAAUCAAACCCAAUCAUCUGGGCCCAAAGUCGCCAUUAGAAGACCUUCUGAUCAGAAUGUUAAUGGAUCUUCUGAGCUAAGGAACAGGAAGAAACCCAGGGAGAAAUUGUUCGAGUUUGAUGAGACUAAAGCUCAGAUCUUUCGAUUGAGAUUAGGUGAUGCUCAAAUUUGUUCUCGCCUUUACUUUGAUAGUUUUAGAAGUUUUAAUUGCUUUGUUGUUGCCUUUACUUGCUUUUUGUUGCACAAGUAUUUGAUUUUGAAUGUGGGUGAAAGUGAUAAUGAUAAAGACAAUGUUGAUGAUGAUUAUACGACUUCUGGGGUUUUGAAGAGCGGAUCUUUAGUUCCAAUUGUGAUUGGGGUUUUAGGUUUUUUUAGGGUUUUGAUUUCCUUGUUUCGUGUUUCCAUUGAAAGAUCUACGUUUAAGAGGUCUGAAAGGGGGUUAGGGUUAGUGAUUGGAGCAUUGGGGUUUUUUGCAUCUCUUGUGAUCUGCGUUGGGGUGUAUCCUUGGUUGUUUGACUUUGAAUUUAGCUCAAUUGAUGGAUAUGGGAAGCUGUUUGUGUCCCUCCUUUCGGGCUUUAUCACCGGGUUUUUGUACUUGGCCGCGGGUAAGAAUGCUCGAGCCUUUUGGCUGGGAACGGAUCAAAUAAGAUGUAAUUUGCCUAUAAUUUCAUGUGGAUGGUUUUCUCAAGUUAUCUUCUGUGCAUACUAUUUGCUAUUGGGGUUCACUUCCUUGCUUUGGAUCAACCUGUUUGGCGAACUUCUUGUUAACAAAAACAUUGACGGUGGUAGAAAUGGGGUGAGUUCGAGUUUGGUUGGCAAUGUGGGUAUGUCCGAACCCGACUUUGUUAAGUUUAGGCUGUUGUGUUUGCUUCUUUCGGGGUUGUUGCAAGUUAUUGCAUUGCGUUGGUACGUGCAAACUUUCUUGAACGAGGCAGUGUUAUCGUGGUACCAAAGGUUGCACGCUAGUGUGGUUCCUUAUACGGAAUAUAGUAGGGCGAAGGUUUUCCUGCACAAUCAUUACUUGUGCCUCGCGGUUAUACAAUUUUUUGCACCGGCAGCAUUGGUGCUUCUUUCAUUGGGAUUGUCUCAAGUUGAUGAGGGUUUAUUUGAGAACUUUGAAGUGGCAUGUGUUUUGCUACCAUGCUCGGCUUUUGUUAAAGAGGUUGCCCUCUUCUUGGCUUGGUGGGUUUCUUUUGUAUGGUUUGUUUUCACCUCAACGUAUCUUGCUUUCUAUAGCCGUGGGAUUUUGUACAUUUCUUGA